CCGGCCACGGCCUCGGCCCCGGGCGAUCCCUCCCCUUCCUGGGCGGCCGAGCGCGGCGAUGCUGCUGGUGCUGUCGGAGGAGCAGAAGGGGCACCUGGGCUGCCUGCCCCGGGUGGGCGGCGCAGCCGUCGGCGAGCUGGGGCGCCUGGCAGUGGAGCUGCUGCGGCGGGGCGCGGCGCCCAGGGCCUGUGAGACGGCCGCCAGAAAACUUAACACUGGUGUUGACACCAUACAGCAUGGAGUAGAAGGACUAAUGUAUCUUCUUACUGAAAGCUCCAAGCUUAUGAUUUCUGAGAUAGAUUUCCAAGAUUCCAUUUGUGUCCUGGGAUUCUCAGAAGAAUUGAACAAAUUAUUGCUCCAGCUUUACCUUGAUAAUAGAAAAGAGAUCAGAAGCAUUCUUAGUGAGCUGGCACCAAAGCUUCCCAGUUAUCAUAGUCUUGAAUGGAGACUAGAUGUGCAGCUUGCAAGCAGAAGUUUGAGACAACAAAUUAAGCCUGCUGUGACUAUGAAGCUACAUCUUAAUCAGAAUGAAGAUCAAACUGCACAAGUGUUACAAACUGACCCUUCUACCCUCGUCCACCUAAUUCAGCAAUUGGAACAAGCUUUGGGGGAAAUGAAGACAAACCAUUGUAGGAGAAUAGCACGAAACAUGAAAUAGUAUUAAUUCAUGACUGUAGUCUUACUAGGCAGUCAGUGUUCACAAAAACAUUUCAAGAAAAAUAAACAUCUGGAUCAGAUGAAAUGCUUUCCUGGGCCAGGAUCUUGAGCCAGUAAUUAUAGGCUGAACGUCCUCUGGUGCUAAGUUUAUGCACCUGCCUGAUAUAAGAUAGGUAAUUGCUUUUGCUUUACUUACAUAUGUAGAAAUUCAGCAUGUUAUACAAAUAAUUUCUUUAUCUCUAAAUUAGUAUAGCUCUACUUUAAAAGCUUUUAUCUAUUAAGUAGAGCUGUCUCAAUAUUACAUGGGACUGGGCAUUUAUUUUUACAUUUAGUAAGCAUGUUUUUUCUUGUUUUUUGCUACUGCUUUGAAAUAAAAAUACCUAUACUGGUGGGAAUGACACUUUAUAGGAAUGCUUCUUCCAUCUAGACCCAUGUAUGUGUAGAACAAAUCUGUGGGACUGCUGCCCUUGUCCUCCAAAGGGUUCAAUCAACUCAGAGGCUGGCUGUUAAACCACUUCUACCAUUCUCUUCUGCCCAACACCUAUUAAUUGUCUUGGAAACAUCUUCAUGAAGCAGUGGUAUAUGUCAUGAAAACUUAGUUCCUGGCUUUCUGGUGAGACCUGCGCUUCAGGAAAACUCAUGUAAGGUUAGGUAGGCAACCUUAUAUAAAAAAAAAAAAAAGUAUAAUCAAGCUAACACUUCCAUUUGAACAAUGCUAGGUAUAAGCUCUACUAGGCAAGCUUAUGCUUUCUACAGGUAGCAGUUACUGUAGAAAACCCAAUGGCCCAAGCAUAACUUAGCAUACUGAUUAUUUCUAUACGUAAAGGUGAUCUGAAAAGUUGCAAAAGUAAAAUUGUUGGCUAGUAAGCCAAUUAAGAAAAGGUUUAACUUCUGUUAAAUCACAUCUUCCUGUUGUGAUACAACAGUUUUUUCCUCUACUUGGAUAGUGUGCUUAUAAAGGAAGACUAGCUAGUAAAUGAAGCUUUUCUAUUUCUUAGAAAGAUGUCAAAGGUUAUGUUAAAAACUACUUUUCAUUUGUAUUCAAAUGCAGUAUUUUGUAGCUUUUGUGACUAAGGUUAAAUAGUAUUACUAAUUAAUGUUUUACUGUCACUAAGUAUCAGAAAUCCCUUAAGUUAUAUUGGAGAGCAUAAAUAGACAAGAGAACCUUAACAUACAGAUUCUGGCAGUAACUAUGUAUUUAUUGGCUUCCAUAGCAACACCGUAAAUUUCUGUGAUAAUUGGGUUCCCACAUUCAUAAUGCAUUUCCAAAUGCAUUAUUUUCUCUUUAUUUAGAAAUACUGUGUCUUUGAGAAACACUGCUUUAGAUGAAACCUGCAUGGCAAAAGUGCUUUAAUCAAUAACAGUUACUACCACUUAACAAAGUCAGUUUUCUAGAAUGCAACAUUGCUUAUUCUUAGUGGCUUUACAUAGCAUGUCUACAGCAUGAACAAUCUCCUUUCCGAUACAUCAAUCAGCAAUGUGUUUCACGUGCUAUCUGUAUAUGCUGAUUUUUUUCUUCACAUACAGUAUGUGGUAAAUAAAUAUGAUAAGUUCCUUCCUUGA